AUGGACAAAUGUUCAGUGGGAGGAAUAAAAUCGACUGAGCAGACUCCUGUCUUGUUAGGGAGUAUAGCUAUGGCAGCUAGUUUCAUGGAUGUAGGAAAUUCAUUUAUUGAUCAGACUAGUCAUUUAGCUAAUAGAUAUAGAAACCCUUUGAAAGAAGAAGAUGAUGAGGUUGUAUUUAUUGAUUCUAUACAACCUCCCUUAGUUUCUGUACCAGUAAUAGCUGAUCAAAGAAACCUAUAUACGAUAUCAAAAAGGGAAAUGCUACAAGGAAAUAGUUCCAUAAUUCUUGCUCCUUCAAGAGAUUUGACUUCUCAAAAGAGAAAUAUAAGUGAAACAAUUGUCAUUGAUGAUGAAGAGGAUGUAGAAGUAAAUCAUUUGCAAAAGCAAAAUUCUUCAAGUUUUACUGAAUGGGGUCUUCGUAGAAUUAAAAACAGAACCAAAGAUUUGGAUUUCUCUACUCCCAGUCUUUCAAGAAGUAAGAACAAGAAUGGAGUAGGACCUUUUAAUCCUGGUAGAAUGAAUGUGGCAGGAGACCUUUUUCAGAAUGGAGGAUUUGUAACUCAUCAUAGUCCUGUCCCUGGUAACAAACAAGGUUAA